CGCCGGGCGCCAUGGGGGCUUCGGACCCGGAAGUGGCGCCCUGGGCUCCCGGCGGUGCCGCGGGGAUGGCGGGAGCCGGAGCAGGAGCCGGAGCUCGCGGCGGCGCGGCGGCGGGGGUCGAGGCCCGGGCUCGCGAUCCGCCGCCCGCGCAUCGCGCACACCCGCGCCACCCUCGGCCUGCAGCGCAGCCCUCGGCCCGCAGGAUGGACGGCGGGUCGGGGGGCCUGGGCGCGGGGGACAACGCCCCGACCACCGAGGCCCUCUUCGUGGCGCUGGGCGCGGGCGUGACGGCGCUCAGCCACCCGCUGCUCUACGUGAAGCUGCUCAUCCAGGUGGGUCAUGAGCCGAUGCCCCCCACCCUUGGGACCAAUGUACUGGGAAGGAAGGUCCUCUAUCUGCCGAGCUUCUUCACCUACGCCAAGUACAUUGUGCAGGUGGAUGGGAAGAUAGGGCUGUUCCGGGGCCUGAGCCCCCGCCUGAUGUCCAAUGCCCUCUCCACUGUGACCCGGGGCAGCAUGAAGAAGGUGUUCCCUCCGGAUGAGAUCGAGCAGGUGUCCAACAAGGACGACAUGAAGACGUCACUGAAGAAAGUCGUGAAGGAGACGUCCUACGAGAUGAUGAUGCAGUGCGUGUCCCGCAUGCUCGCGCACCCGCUGCACGUCAUCUCAAUGCGCUGCAUGGUCCAGUUUGUGGGACGGGAGGCCAAGUACAGCGGCGUGCUCAGCUCCAUCGGGAAGAUUUUCAAGGAGGAAGGGCUCUUGGGAUUCUUCGUCGGCUUAAUCCCUCACCUCCUGGGCGAUGUGGUUUUCUUGUGGGGCUGUAACCUGCUGGCCCACUUCAUCAAUGCCUACCUGGUGGACGACAGCGUGAGUGACACCCCAGGGGGGCUGGGGAACGACCAGAAUCCAGGUUCCCAGUUCAGCCAGGCCCUGGCCAUCCGGAGCUACACCAAGUUCGUGAUGGGGAUUGCAGUGAGCAUGCUGACCUACCCCUUCCUGCUGGUUGGAGACCUCAUGGCUGUGAACAACUGCGGGCUGCAGGCUGGGCUCCCCCCGUACUCCCCGGUGUUCAAAUCCUGGAUCCACUGCUGGAAGUACCUGAGCACACAGGGCCAGCUCUUCCGCGGCUCCAGCCUGCUGUUCCGCCGGGUGUCAUCGGGAUCGUGCUUCGCCCUGGAGUAGCCCGCGUCACGGCGCCUGGCCCGAUUCCCAGCAUCCCCGGCCCCGGGGGAAGCUCCGCUCAUCUCGGCUGCCCGCAGGGCGCCGCCAACCCAGCCACACCGUCACGUGCUCCAGCCCGGCCGGGCCUCAGUUUCCAUAUCGCCAUGUGUCUGUCCAGGUGUGGGGGCGGGGUGGGGGGCUGCGCUCAGUAGAGGGGUCACCAGGUAGCCCUGGGAAGGUGGAGGGGGGCUGGUUUAUAUUUGUAGCGCUGGGAUAGACGGAUAGCAGAACCCAGGGCCGUGCACAUGCCCGGAAAGUGCUCUGCCACCAAGUGACGCCCCCUAACCCUGGGGGUGGAGAAUUGGGGUGCAGUCCGCUUCCCAGGUUUGCUGAGUCUCCCUGUGCAAGGCCCUGGGAGUGAGGACCAGCUGUUGGGGUCAGGUCCACCCCCCCCCCACCCCCCGGCUGCCCACCCAGCCCUCAUCUGUGGCUUGGCUGGGAGUCGCUCCUCCUGCUUUGUAAAUAGGGCGCGCUCCCCCACCAGAGGCCGCCUUCCGAUCUAGAAAGCCCACCCCGGGCUCUGCCUGGUGUUCUCAACACUACUUUCUGAUGCGGGGGGGGGGGGGGGGGGGGGGGCGUAGCUAGCUCCGACUGGCAAUCAUGUGACUCCCCCGAACGUGACCCCUCCCGCCUGUCUGUUUAACGGUGACGCUGCAUGGGCGGGGUCCGGUCUCCUGCACACUUGUGAAUCGCAGAAGUUAGGCAGAUCGGUGUCUCUCCGUCCUCCCCAUUCUAAAGCCCGUGGUAAGAUUGGACCUCAUCUCCCUCGAAUAAAUGUACUGGUGGUGAUUUGGAA